GGUCUUUAAACUGAGCAGCCACACUGUCACUGAAAGUUUGGGACAAGCGGGGCGUCUCUGCUGCUGGACAGUUCGUCUUCGCUGUCAACAUUUUUUUUUUUUUACAAAGCCUCCCAGUCGUUCAGUCUUCGUCCAGGUGACUGUGAUUUAAGACACCGGCCGUUGACCUAGCUAGCUAAGUAACGUAAUGCCAAAAUGAGAGGGCUUGUUUCAUUUUUCACAGAUCUGCUCAAGGGGAAGAAAGUUGCCUUCAGCGACUUCUUACAAAAAUAUGUUUCCAGUCAGCAAUUCUGCCAACGCCUGGACACCCAGAAAAUCCUGCGACGACAGAGCAGGCCGAGAAGAGAGAAGAAGGAGAGAGGCACAGUGGUGAGCUCAGUGAACUCAGAAACUUCACAGAUAAAACCGUCAGAUUUUGACUACCUCAAAGUAAUUGGCAAAGGAAGCUUUGGAAAGGUGCUGCUGGCAAGACAUAGAAAAAAUAAAGGCUACUAUGCUGUAAAAGUGCUGCAGAAACAGAUGAUUGUCAAGAGGAAGGAGCAAAGGCACGUGAUGGUUGAGAGGAGCAUACUGCUGAAGGGACUACAGCAUCCAUUCCUGGUGGGGCUCCACUUCUCUUUUCAGACACGAAACACGCUCUACUUCGUCCUAGACUACGUUAAUGGGGGGGAGCUUUUCUACCACCUUCAGAGGGAGGGGUCAUUUCCUGAACCCAGGGGCUUUUACGCUGCAGAGAUGGCCAUGGCGCUGGGCUACCUCCACUCUCUUGACAUUGUUUACAGAGAUCUCAAACCAGAGAACAUCCUGCUGGACAGUGAGGGUCACGUGAUGCUGACUGAUUUUGGGCUUUGUAAAGAAGGGGUGGCCAUGGGUGGGAUUAUGCAUACAUUCUGUGGGACUCCUGAGUACCUUGCUCCAGAGGUGCUACAAGGCCACCCGUACAAUCCUGCAGUGGACUGGUGGGGCCUUGGCACUGUGCUGUUUGAGAUGCUCUAUGGACUGCCUCCAUUUUACAGCUGUAGAAAAGCAGAGAUGUUUGAGAACAUACUUCACGCUCCUCUGCAGGUGCAUAGUGGGGGGUCUCAGGCUGCCUGCUCACUGUUAGAGGGAUUGCUGGAAAGAGACGUCUCCAAACGCCUAGGUGGGAGCCGUGACCUUGUAGAGCUGCAGGAGCAUCCCUUCUUUGGAUCUGUCAACUGGGAAGACCUCCUGGCCAGGAAAGUUAGACCCCCGUUCAUUCCAAAAGUGACCGGUCCCUGUGAUGUCAGCUACAUUGACCCCGUGUUCACACUACAACCUGUCCCUGCCUCUGUGAAUGAGAGGUGCCAGGCGGGUGGGACCAGCGGGGCCUUCCCAGGAUUCUCCUUUGUGAACCCAGAGGAGUAUUUGGCAGCAGAGCCGGUUUCAUAACAAUGCUAAAUCCUCUGGGAGCAUGUUUGUUCAAAUAUUUAUUUAAAUUAUUAUGUCCUAAAUUAUUAAA